GGAGAAGCUGAAGAGUAUGGAAAGCAUCGAUCCGCGAUGCAAAGGGGACGGGGGACGGUAGGAUGGGCAGGAAGAAAAGCAGAGCAGCAGGUGGGUGGUGGAGCCGGCUCCAAGUUAGGAAAAAGAUUAAACGAGCUGUCAUGUCAAGUUGAGGGGAUCCAUUAGGUCACUUCUAGAAACUUGUUACCAUGAGUGUGGGAUUCAUCGGUGCGGGGCAGCUCGCCUUUUCCUUAGCGAGAGGCUUCACUGCAGCAGGGAUUUUGGCUGCCCACAAGAUAACAGCAAGCUCACCAGACACUGAUCUCCCAACAGUAUCAGGCUUGAGGAAAAUGGGUGUAAAUUUCACCAUAAGCAACAAGGAGACAGUUAAAAACAGUGAUGUCCUGUUUCUGGCAGUGAAACCUCCCAUAAUUCCCUUCAUCUUGGAUGAAAUUGGCUCAGACAUAGAAGAUCGACAUAUUAUAGUCUCGUGUGCUGCUGGUGUUACUAUCAACUCAAUUGAAAAGAAACUUUCUGCCUUCUGCCCCACUCCAAAAGUGAUGAGAUGCAUGACAAAUACACCAGUCAUUGUGCGGGAAGGGGCCACUGUUUAUGCCACAGGCACACAUGCAGAAGUGGAAGAUGGGAAGCUCUUAGAACAGCUGAUGGCAAGUGUGGGCUUCUGCACUGAAGUGGAAGAAGAUUUGAUAGAUGCUGUGACAGGACUCAGUGGCAGUGGACCUGCUUAUGCAUUCACAGCCCUGGAUGCCCUGGCAGAUGGAGGAGUGAAGAUGGGCCUUCCUCGUAGGCUAGCGGUCCGAUUGGGAGCUCAAGCCUUGUUGGGAGCUGCCAAAAUGCUGUUGGAUUCUGAGCAGCACCCUGGACAGCUUAAGGACAAUGUUUGCUCACCAGGAGGUGCUACCAUCUAUGCUCUCCACUUCCUAGAGAGUGGUGGUUUCCGCUCAUUGCUCAUCAAUGCUGUAGAGGCAUCCUGCAUCAGGACACGGGAACUACAGUGCUUAGCUGACCAGGAGAAAGUCUCUCCAGCUGCCAUUAAGAAAACCUUAAUGGAUAAAGUGAAAUUAGAGUCUUCCUCUGCCAACAAGGUCAGCCUAUUCAACAAGAAAAAUCCUGACAACAAGAAAUACUGAAGAGACUCAGGCCUUGCCUGAGCCUGUUUUCUUUUACUUUGAAGGGAAUAUUUAGCACAAAUCAUUUUAGAGUGAGGUGUUUGGGGAGUGGGGGAGAAGUGUCCUGGACUUGAGAUGCUGAAAGAAAGGCAUUUAAAUUUCCAGAAGUAAUUAUUAAGGUAUAGUAGAUAGGGCAAUGUUCUUGGAGGCUGAGGGGAAAGUAAUUUUUUUCUCUUAGAGAGGAAACUACAGCAGUCUUCAUUUGAACUUGACAAAGUUCAAGAUGAUGAUUUGAAGAUGAUUUGUUUACAUUUUUCAGUCCAAAUUUUCCCAGUUAACCUCACAACAGAUUUGCACAACAGGUGAUCGAAAGAAAUAAUUACAUAGCCAAACAGAAAGCUAUAUCCAAGUAUUUCCAAGUCUUGUUCACUUGCAUUCAUUCAUUUGUUCAUUAGUUCAUUCCUCUCUCACACACGCAUACACACACACAAACACACACACAUAUACAGGGUAGAAGCAGACUCUUCAGAUCUUGUUUCUGCAAUGUAUCUCAGUUUAAUCAAGCAAUUGUUUGUCUACUGCUUUCAGAUUUCGUACAGGUUAUUUGUCUAGGCUGAUCUCACAUAAUAUGCUUCAAAAAGUAACUAUAGUAAUCUAUAAUUUCUUCAUUCCAUAAGAACAUAAGAAUCUGUUUUAAACAGAUCAGUCUAAUUCUCCAUUUGGCCACAUAUUGUGUCUGUUCUGACUGGCAGCAACUUUCCAGUCUUUAGCAGAGCUCUUUCUCAUUUCUUGCUACUUAAAUUGGAUUUGCUCAAUAUUUUGAUCUUUCAUUUUCAUGCAGGUAAUGUAGUAGGUAAGCUAUAAGAAAUCUCAUCUAGGUUCAGAAUCUGCUACAGCAUAUGUCUGAAAGUUGUUCAAAUUGUAUGGGGAUUAUUCAUACAUAAUUUUGAUUUACAUAGUGGAGUAGCUAUUAAUACAUGAUAUUAACAUUUGGGUACUACAGUCAUAAAUAACAACAGUACUUUGAUGCAAGAAUGAGUAACUGUUAGAUGCAUUUAUAAUUAAUCAUGAAUUUAUUGGAUUUAUUCACAGCAUUCCUCUAAUGGAUAAGGAUUAAGACUUGAAGCUUGCCUUAGGCUGCAAACUGGGAAAAAAAAUAGUUGUGAGGUGUAACUUCUAAGUAGACCUGAAACCUAAGGACUUCUUAUAGUGAGGUGCAGAGAAGUCAGCUCUCUUAUUUCUUUUAAUGCCAGAAUUUUGCUUUACUAAAAUGCUCCUUGCCCUUUCUAGCACAUGGAUAUUGUUGUGUUAUAUAUUGCUUCUGAGUAAAAUAUUUUUCUGCUGAGAAAAGCAGAACUUAGCCUUUAUCUGUAGAACUUUUUAUAUCCUGGAGGCAGACAUGUGUUCUGGACUAAUUGGGAGCUUCAGCAUGCAGACCCUGCUAAAGAGCCCAAAGAUUGUGAAGAUAUAGCUGGUGAUUGUGCCCACAAAAAAGAUCAAGGCAGAGUAAAUCAGUAGUACUUCAUCAUUGUCCCCUUCCUGCCUUAGACUUUCUAGUCUUCUUGUCACUUUUUCCUAUUUUCUGGAAUACAAAUAACAAGCAGUGGCUUUUAUUUUUGAAUGAGCCAAACCAUUGACUCAUUCUUUUCCAUCUUUUAUACCUAUAAGGAAUAGCUCAGAAAUAACGAUUCUGUCUUUUAACAAACCGCACUUCUUGUUACAUCUGAACUCAGGAAACUUCUUAGAUAAUGAAGUGGCAAUGAUUUAUUCUAGAGUUAAACUAUAUCCAAAGGAAUAUGAAGCAGGACUCUCUUGAGGUGAAGAUUUAGCUAAUUUUUUGUGACUACUCAAAUAGUCAAAGAAUUGGAAGAGAAAAUGUUUUUCCUCUAGGUACUUGCUACAAUUUAUAGAUAUUAUUUUUCUGGAAAUUUUUAUGUAUGGGACACUGAUAACCUACAUUCUUCAAUUUAAAAUUAUGUUUGACUUUCUGUAUCCUGAUAGCAUUAAAGUGCUCAGUG